AUGUUAUUAAUGAAAUAUUGUUUUGGUUGUAGGAUAUACGAAAGUUGGAAAAAAUUCAAAUCCGAAAAUGCAUUUAUGCAAAAAUUAUCAGACCUAAAAGAACAGUAUGAUGACAGUGACCAUGUCUUAGCAAGAGCUACACGUUCAGUAACUGGCACUUUAUCCUCUCUAUUUCAUAAUGCUGAAAUGUCUGAUGUAGUUACAGAAUUAUGUCGUGUUGAACCUGAUUUCAGUUUAAUAAAAUUUAUCAGUCAGUGUGAAACUGAUAUCAUACCAAAUGUGCUAGAAGCUAUAGCACGGGAAGAUCUUAUUAUUUUGAAAGACUGGUGUUUUGAAGCUCCCUAUAGAGUACUAUCACAUCCAAUUAAUGAGCAUCGACAAAAAGGUCAUCAAACAUACUGCAAAGUUCUAGAUGUACAUAAUGUUGAUGUUGUUACUGGAAAAUUAAUGGAACAUGGUCCUGUAUUAAUUAUAUCAUUUAGUGCCCAACAAAUCAUGUAUAUUAAAGACGUGAAUGGGUUAAUCAUUGAAGGAGAUCCUCAUACUGUUAUCAGAGUGAUGUAUACUUGGGCAAUGUGUAGAGAUGUAAAUGAAGUAAAUCCAAGAGCUGCUUGGAAGUUAUUAGACAUAGCAGCAAAUUCCAGUGCACAGUUGUUGUAAGCUGUAAUUAUAAGUUUUUGAUUAUUUGUGACAAAAUAUUUUAUUUCUCAAAUAUUCUUACUGUUUAAGUAAACUUCUGUUUAAUAUUUAAUCAAAUGUUGUUCAAAGUUAACUAAGMACUGUAUUAUAUUAAGGUCAUGCCUUAA